UCUUUCAUGUUGUCCACCUCACUCCUCUCUCUCUCUCUGAUACGUUGGGUCGUGAACAUGGAGGCUGAAGCAGGUUCCGAUCACGGAAGAGUUCGUCCUUUCGUAACGCUGCCACCUUCUGAAUGGGAUGAACACUUCCUCGCUGUUUCCUUGGAUGCCUCGGAAAUGGGUGUACUUGAAAAAGAGAUGGAGGCAUUGAAGCCCAAAGUGAGGGACAUGCUUAUGUCUUCUCCAAGUGACACUAAGAGCAAACUAUGUUUUAUCCAUUUGCUGGUCAGUCUUGGCAUCUCAUUUCAUUUCGAAAACGAGAUCGAAGAGACACUCAAACAUGCUUUCGACACCAUAGAAGAUAAAAUCACCGACAAAGACGAUCUAUACACUGUUUCCGCCAUGUUCCUGGUUUUCAGAUCUUACCGUUACAAGAUGUCUCCUGGUGUGUUUGAGACAUUCAAAGGAGAGGACGGGAGAUUCAAAACAAGUCUCGUGAGGGAUGUGAAAGGUAUGUUAAGUUUGUACGAAGCCGCAAACUGGGGGACAGUGACGGAAGACAUAAUGGACGAAGCUCUGUCUUUCACAUCGACCCACUUGGAAUCAUUACCAGAAGAAACUAGCCCACACAUGUCGAAGCACAUUAAGACCGUUCUCGAUCUUCCUCAGCGUCAGAACAUGGAAAUAUUAGCCGUCAGAGAGUACAUAUCCUUCUACGAACAUGAAGAUGAUCACGACGAGACGCUGCUCAAGUUUUCCAAGCUCUGUUUCAGGUUCUUGCAAAUGCAUUGCGUUCAAGAGCUGAAGGCCUUGAGCAAUCUCCUGUCGUAUGCUUGCAGAUGGUGGAAGGACCUAGGUUUGGAAUCCAAGUUGCCACCUUACUUUAGAAACAACAUGGUCCAGUGCUAUUUUAACGCGGUCCCACUUUUGAUGGAGCCACAUUUUUCACGUGCAAGAAUUGCGUUGGCUAAGUUGUACAGAUGCUUCACCAUUAUGGACGACACCUGUGAUAGAUAUGCUUCUCUCCAUGAAGUUACAACACUCGUCGAUUGUGUGCAAAGGUGGGAUCUUGACGGCAUUGCCAAGUUACCGGAUUAUAUGAAAAUCGUCUUCAAAUUAUUUUGGGAUGUUUACCAUGAGAUUGAAAGGGAAGUGAGAUUGGACGGAAGAUCCUACAGUGCGCAGGCGAUGUUGGAUGAGUGCAAAAGAAUGGCGAGAGCGAACCUUGCAUGUACCAAAUGGGUCGUUCCGACGUUCGAGGAGUACAUGAAGGUUGGGAAGGUCGAGUUCGGGACAGAAGCAGCAUUAGCGUGCGGUUUCGUCUGCAUGGGACAGAUUGCUGGGAAGGAAGCUUACGACUGGCUCAAUUCCAGACCGAACAUCAUCCAAUCCGUCACUUCAAAGGCCCGUCUCUUGAACGACAUUACCGGCUUCCAGGACGACAUGAGCAGAGGGUACGCCGCCACCGGGAUCAACGUCUAUAUGAAGCAAUACGGUGUCACAGAAGAGGAAGCCUUUAGAGAGUUCCGUAAAAUGGUAAGGGCUACGGAAAAGAUCACGACCGAGGAGUUCUUGAACGCAACCGUUGUGCCGAGGAAAAUCCUAAUGCAAGUCAUCAACUUUGAACGCAGUUUCAGUACCACAUACGCUCAUGGUGAAGGGUUCACCAAUUGCACGGCACGAAUGAAAGAGAAUAUCUCCUCUUUGUUUGUGCAUCUGAUAAGUCUCUGAAUGACUUGGA